AUGAGCGGGUUAGGAGAAAACGCCUUGGAUCCACUGACCGAGUCACGAAAGCGCAAACUCCCAUGUGAUGCCCCAGGACAAGGUCUUACCUGCAGUGGUGAAAAGUGGAGAAGAGAGCAGGAGAGUAAAUACAUUGAAGAGUUGGCUGAAUUGAUAUCUGCAAAUCUUAGUGAUAUCGAUCAUUUCAAUGUCAAGCCAGAUAAAUGUGCAAUUUUAAAGGAAACUGUAAGACAGAUACGUCAAAUAAAAGAGCAAGGGAAAGCUGUUUGCAGUGAUGAUGAUGUUCAGAAAGCUGAUGUGUCUUCCACAGGACAGGGAGUUAUUGAUAAAGACUCCUUAGGACCACUCUUACUUCAGGCUCUGGAUGGUUUCCUGUUUGUGGUGAAUCGAGAUGGAAACAUUGUAUUCGUGUCAGAAAAUGUCACACAGUACUUGCAAUAUAAGCAAGAGGACCUGGUCAACACAAGUGUCUAUAAUAUCUUACAUGAAGAAGACAGAAAGGAUUUUCUUAAAAACUUGCCGAAAUCCACAGUUAAUGGAGUUGCCUGGACAAAUGAGACACAGAGACAAAAAAGCCAUACAUUUAAUUGCCGUAUGUUGAUGAAGACGCCACACCGUACUCUGGAGGACAUGAACCCCAACCUGGAAGUGCGCCCGAGAUUCGAGACCAUGCAGUGCUUUGCCCUGUCCCAGCCUCGAGCUAUGAUGGAGGAAGGGGAAGAUUUGCAGUCCUGUAUGAUCUGUGUGGCACGCCGCAUUACUACAGGAGAAAGAGGAUUUUCUUCCAGUCACGAGAGCUUCAUCACUCGACAUGACCUGUCUGGAAAAGUUGUCAAUAUAGAUACAAAUUCUCUGAGAUCUUCCAUGAGGCCUGGUUUUGAAGAUACAAUCCGAAGGUGCAUCCAGAGAUUUUUCAGUUUUAAUGAUGGACAGUCAUGGUCGCAGAAACGUCACUAUCAAGAAGCGUACAUCCACGGCCACGCUGAGACCCCGCUGUACCGCUUCUCCUUGGCUGAUGGAACCAUUGUGACCGCACAGACGAAAAGCAAGCUCUUCCGGAACCUCGUAACGAAUGAUCGCCACGGCUUUGUCUCGACCCACUUUCUCCAGAGAGAACAGAAUGGGUAUAGGCCAAACCCGAAUCCUCUUGGGCAAGGUGUUAGGCCUCCUGUAGCUGGAUGCGGCGGUGCUGUAGGUGGCAUGAACAUGUCACCAAGCCAAGGCUUGCAGAUGUUGAGCAGCAGGACCUACAGCGUGGCAGAUCCUAGUGGUCCUGGGCAGAUGGGUGGAGCUAGAUACGGGGGCUCCAGUAACACUGCCCCAGUGAACCCAGGGCCAGGCGUGCAGUCACCGUCUUCGUACCAGAACAACAGCUAUGGUCUCAACAUGAGCAGCCCUCCCCACGGGAGUCCUGGCCUUGGCUCCAACCAGCAGGGUAUCAUGAUUUCCCCUCGUAAUCGUGGGAGUCCGAAGAUGUCCUCGCAUCAGUUUUCUCCUGUUACAGGUGUGCACUCUCCCAUGGGAUCUUCUGGCAAUCCCGGGAGCCACAGCUUUUCCAGCAGCUCUCUCAGCGCCCUGCAGGCCAUCAGUGAGGGCGUGGGCACUUCUCUCUUAUCCACUCUCUCUUCACCAGGCCCCAAAUUGGACAACUCUCCCAAUGUGAAUAUCAGCCAGCCAAGUAAAGUGAAUAGUCAAGAUUCCAAGAGUCCCCUGGACUUAUAUUGUGACCAGAAUGCAGUGGAGAGUUCAAUGUGUCAGUCAAAUAGCCGGGAUCAUUUCAAUGACAAGGAAGGUAAAGACAGCAGUGUGGAAGGGUCAGAGAAUCCGAGAGCUCCUCUGGAAAACAAAGGCCAUAAAAAACUACUGCAGCUACUCACCUAUUCUUCCGAUGACCGGGGCCAUUCCUCCUUGACCAACUCGCCCCUGGAUUCAAGUUGUAAAGACUCAUCCCUCGGUGUCACCAGUCCUUCUGGAGUCUCCUCUUCUACUUCUGGGGGUGUGUCCUCCACAUCCAACAUGCAUGGGUCCUUGUUGCAAAAGAAACACCGAAUUUUGCACAAGUUGUUACAGAAUGGGAAUUCACCGGCUGAGGUAGCCAAGAUCACAGCCGAAGCCACAGGGAGAGACACCAACAAUACGGUGUCUUGUGGAGAAGGAAAUGUGAAGCAGGAACAGCUGAGUCCUAAGAAGAAGGAAAACAAUGCGCUCCUUAGGUACCUCCUGGACAGGGACGAUCCUAGCGACACUCUCUCCAAAGAACUACAGCCCAAAAUGGAAGGCUUUGAUAGUAAGAUGAGUCAGGGUGGCGGCUGCACCAUGCCCAGCUCCAGUCAAGAAAAAGAGUCUAAAAUUAAGACAGAAACAAAUGAAGAGGGGCCUGGAGACUUGGACAAUCUAGAUGCUAUUCUUGGGGAUUUGACCAGUUCUGACUUUUAUAAUAAUUCCAUAUCCACAAAUGGUAGUAAUCUGGGAACCAAGCAGCAGAUGUUUCAAGGGCCUAAUUCUCUGGGUCUGAGAAGUCCACAGUCUCUGCAGCCCAUUCGGCCGCCAUAUAACCGGGCGGUGUCUCUCGACAGCCCAGUGUCCAUUGGCUCAAGCCCUCCAGUGAAGAGUAUCAGUGCUUUCCCAAUGUUACCAAAGCAACCCAUGUUGGGUGGGAAUCCCAGAAUGAUGGAUAAUCAGGAAAAUUAUGGCUCAAAUAUGGGUGGACCAAACCGGAAUAUGGCUGUGACCCAGACACCAUCCUCAGGAGACUGGGGCUUACCAAGCUCCAAGGUUAGUCGAAUGGAGCCCCUGAGUUCAAACUCCAUGGGACGACCUGGAGCAGAUUACAGUGCUUCUUUACCCAGACCUGUGAUGGGCGGCUCCAUGUCGGCCUUGCCUGUCCGGUCCAAUAGCAUGCCAGGCACGAGGCCAGUGUUGCAGCCGCCGCCGCAGCAACAGCAGCCGCCGCCGCAGCAACAGCAGCAGAUGCUUCAAAUGAGGCCUGGUGAGAUUCCCAUGGGCAUGGGAGUCAAUCCUUACAGCCAAGCAGCUCCAUCUAACCAACCUGGUUCCUGGCCAGAGGGCAUGCUGCCCAUGGAGCAAGGCCCUCAUGGCACUCAGAAUAGACCCCUUCUUAGGAAUUCCUUGGAUGAUCUCUUGGGGCCACCUUCUAACCUAGAAGGUCAGAGUGAUGAAAGGGCGUUGCUGGAUCAGCUGCAGACUAUCUUGAGCAACACAGAUGCCACCGGCCUGGAGGAGAUUGACAGAGCUUUGGGCAUCCCUGAACUUGUCAAUCAAGGACAAACUUUGGAACCCAAACAGGAAGCUUUUCAAGGCCAAGAAGCAGCAGUGAUGAUGGAGCAGAAGGCAGCAUUCUACGGGCAGACGUACCCCGCACAGGGGCCUGCGAUGCAGGGAGGCUUCAACCUUCAGGGGCAAACGUCGUCAUUUAACUCCAUGAUGAAUCCGAUGAGCCAACAGGGCGGCUUUCCUCUCCAGGCGAUGCACCCGAGGGCCAACCUCAUGAGACCCCGGACAAACACGCCCAAGCAGCUUCGGAUGCAGCUUCAGCAGCGAUUGCAGGGCCAGCAGUUUUUGAAUCAGAGCCGGCAGACCCUGGAAAUGAAAAUGGAAAACCCCACUGCUGGGGGAGCUGCACUGAUGAGGCCUAUGAUGCAGCCCCAGGUCAACGCGCAGCAAGGCUUUCUCAACGCCCAAAUGGUUGCCCAGCGAAGCAGAGAGCUGCUCAGCCAUCACUUCCGACAGCAGAGGGCGGCAAUGAUGAUGCAGCAGCACCAGCAGCACCAGCAGCAGCCCCAGCCCCAGCCCCAGGCCUUUAGCCCGCCCCCCAACGUGACCGCCUCCCCCAGCAUGGAUGGCGUUUUGGCCGGACCCAUGAUGCCGCAGGCUCCGCCACAGCAGUUCCCGUACCCACCAAAUUAUGGAAUGGCCCAACAGCCUGAUGCAGCCUUUGGCCGUGUGUCCAGUCCUCCCAAUGCAAUGAUGCCAUCAAGAAUGGGUCCCGCCCAGAACCCCAUGAUGCAGCACCCUCAGGCCACACCCAUGUAUCAGUCCUCAGAAAUGAAAGGCUGGCCAUCAGGAAACCUGGCCAGGAACAGCUCCUUUUCCCAGCAGCAGUUUGCCCACCAGGGGAACCCUGGGGCAUAUGGUAUGGUGCACAUGAAUGGCAGCAGUGGACACAUGGGGCAGAUGAAUAUGAGCGCCAUGCCCAUUCCUGGCAUGCCCAUGGGUCCUGACCAGGUAUGA